AUGUCCAAUCGAGCGAAUAAAUCGCAGUCUUCACACCCUGCAAUUAACCUGGUGGCAGGUGGAACAGCCGGGCUGUUCGAGGCCCUAUGCUGCCACCCGCUCGACACAAUUAAAGUUCGCAUGCAAAUCCAGUCUCGUACCUCCAGCACGGGCAAAGCGGUGGGGUUUUUGUCCACAGGUCGGGAUAUUGUGCAUAACGAGGGUUUUCUCGCGUUCUACAAAGGUUUGGGCGCCGUGGUGAUCGGAAUCAUCCCAAAAAUGGCCAUCAGGUUCACGUCGUAUGAAUUCUACCGCACUUUGCUCGCAGAUCGGGCCACGGGAGAGGUUUCCACGGGGAAUACGUUUCUCGCAGGCGUGGGUGCAGGUAUCACAGAGGCCGUGAUGGUGGUCAAUCCAAUGGAAGUGGUCAAAAUCCGGCUCCAGGCGCAACACGUGAAAUACGUGCCCUUGGUGGCCGAAAUGGCCGGGGCCACAGGCCCUGGCGGUGCCACUGGGCCCACCACGGCUACGUUUUCCAGUGCGGCCUACCAUGCAGGCCAAACGGGCGCCACUUCGGCCACAACCAACGUGCGUGCCGCUGGACGGUAUCGCAAUGCCAUCCAGGCCACGUACGUGAUCGUCAAGGAAGAAGGCCCGCGUGCAUUGUAUCGUGGUGUGUCUUUGACCGCCGCACGUCAGGCGUCAAACCAGGGUGCCAACUUCACGGUGUACUCGACGCUGAAACGGCGUCUGCAACGCUAUCACAACACCGAGAUGCUCCCGUCGUGGGAAACCUCUCUCAUCGGGCUAAUUUCGGGCGCCGUGGGCCCAUUUACCAACGCUCCACUCGACACCAUAAAGACUCGGCUUCAAAAGGAGAAAUCUACUGCGAAAACCUCGAGUUUUACCAAGAUCGUUGCCAUCACACGCCAGUUAAUUCAAGAAGAAGGGUUCCGUGCACUCUACAAGGGCAUCACACCGCGUGUCAUGCGUGUGGCCCCGGGACAAGCAGUUACGUUUACUGUUUACGAGCUCAUUAGGAAACAGCUCGAAAGCAUGAGAGCGUGA